AUGGCGGCUGGCGGGGAGUGCGGAGGCGGGGGCGGGCGUGGCGAGCGUCCAAGCUGUUAUUUCGGUAUGCACAUUGCAUGCAGCGCGGCACAUCGUGCACUUGCCACUCGAAAUAGUCAGGUCAGGGACCGCGAGCUUCGCCUCGAUCCUUCCCCAAGGUCAAGACUCGUCCCCUCUCCCCUACUCGCCGCGUCUAUGUCACCUCUUCCACCAUUCUAUCGGUUAUUGGGCCUUUUGAUUGAAAUUUAA